AUGGCUCGAGGAGAUCAACCUCUUCUUGCCCGACCGGCAUCCCCCAACUCCUCCACCAACGACAUCGAGGAAGAAGACGCUCUAUUGACCGGCCGACCCACGAAUCGAUCACCCAGCAGAGCCCAGAAAUGGAAGGAACUUGGGCUUUUUGUCUGGGCUCUUCUUGCUACCGCGGCAGUCAUCAUUCUCGCCGUCGUAUACCAACAUGAGUCCUCGAUCGCGCACCCCAGGCCCAGAACAGGAGGAUGGGGACCAGACGGAAAACCCACGGGCAAGCGAAACGUCAUCUUUAUGGUGUCGGAUGGAAUGGGUCCAGCGUCUUUAUCCUUAACAAGGAGUUGGAGACAAUACAUGAGUGGACUCCCCGUCGACGAUGUUUUGGUCCUCGACAGACACCACAUCGGGUCCUCGCGGACUCGCAGCACCAGCAGUCUGGUGACCGACUCGGCCGCUGGUGCCACAGCCUUCUCCUGUGGAUUCAAGAGUUACAACGGGGCCAUUUCGGUUCUGCCGGACCAUACCCCAUGCGGGACGGUUUUGGAAGCUGCCAAAAGAACAGGGUAUAUGACUGGUCUGGUGGUGACUACGAGAAUCACCGAUGCGACUCCAGCCUGCUUUGCAGCCCAUGCCAAUCGAAGGGAAUAUGAAGAUCUCAUUGCCGAACAAAUGAUCGGCCAUUAUCCUUUGGGUCGUGUGGUCGACUUGAUGGUUGGCGGAGGAAGAUGCCAUUUCCUUCCCAAUACAACCGAAGGUUCCUGUCGAGGCGAUGAUAAGGAUGUCGUGGCAAUGGCUAAAGACAAGUUUGGCUUCAGCUACGUCGACAAUCGAAAAGACUUUGAUCACCUCGACCCAACAGAUGACAGCCUUCUCCCUCUCCUGGCUCUUAUUGCCAACACCGACGUUCCCUAUGAAAUCGACAGAGUGCACGUCUCGGAUAUCUACCCCAGUCAAGCCGAGAUGACCAAACUUGCUCUCCGGGCGUUAUCCGCAGCAACCAAAGACUCUGACAAGGGCUUCUUCCUCAUGGUUGAGGGCUCCAGGAUCGAUCACGCUGGACAUGGCAAUGACCCAGCUGCUCACGUACAUGAAGUCAUGGCCCACGAUGCCGCUUUCCAGGCCGUGUUAGACUUCCUCGACGAGGACGAGACAGAAGGCGUCCUCGUUUCUACAUCCGACCAUGAAACAGGCGGUCUUGCUACUGCCCGUCAACUCCACCAGUCUUACCCCAUGUAUCGUUGGUUUCCCGAAGCCCUGGCCAACGCAACACACUCGGGCGAAUAUUUGUCACGUCAAUGGCACGACUUCCUUGACGACUCAUCCGCGGCCUCACGUCAAGAGAAAGAAGAUAAGGUGGCCGAAUUAGUCGCCUCGGGCCUCGGAAUCCAAGACUAUACCAGCAAAGAAGUUGACGCCGUCGUCGAUGCGAAACCAAUCUGGCCGGCCAGCUACCUCUUCGCCGACAUGAUUUCUCGUCGCGCCCAAGUCGGCUGGUCUACGCAUGGCCACAGUGCCGUAGAUGUUAACAUCUACGCAUCCAACCCGGCUCAUGCACCUGGCUUGGUAGGAAACCAUGAGAACACCGAAGUGGGCAAGUUCAUAGCCGAGUACUUGGACCUCGACCUCGAAUCGAUCACCAAAGAGUUAAAGGAGAAGAAAGUCAAGACUUCAGGCGUUCCCGGACAAGAACAAGGCGAGGAAUGGGGUGAAUGGAUGGGUCCACCCGGCCUGGCCAACAAUGAGAAUGGUGAGCUCGUGCAUCUCGACGAGUAUCACGGGGAUUUCAAGCACAGAAAACGCGAGGCCGAGAUGGAUUGUGGAUGUGGGAUGAAGCACUGA